AUGGCUUCUACGGAAAAAAGCAACAAUUUAACAAUGAAAUCUCCUUCAUCGGAUAAUACAAAAAAUUUUCCUUCAAAUCCUUCCACGGAUGUGAUUGUUAUGAAAAAUCGACGGUAUUUACAAAGGCAAUUGGGUCCAGCACCAUUUGCAUCUUUUGAAGAUCUUAGUGAUGAGUUAGACAGCCCUCCGGAAACGGCGAGAAUUCCAUUGCCUGGAAUUAAAGAAGAUCCUUCGAGUCAAGUACAAUCACCCAGUUCUCCUUUACCCAACGUAUCAUCAAUAAAUAUGACGGAAAAAGAGGAGCAAGGUUUAAAAGAUGCCUUAAGAAGUUCUUUAGAAGCUGCUGCACCUCCUCGAAUCGACAUUUCCAGAGCGAGUAGUUCUUCUCAACACGAAGACAGUAUAACUAGUUCUCCGGAACGAGAAAAUUGCGUACGUAAUUUAGGAUACAAAGAAGAUGGAACUAUUGACCUUCGAUCGAGUACUGAAGAAUUAGACUACAUUCAAGAGCCUGGAACCGUUGAAGAAAGUGAAGAAAAAAAAAAGCGAGAAAAAAUGUUGAAAAGACAGCAACAGGUGAAAAAUUUUAGUGAUACUCAAAGUCAACAUGAAUUCGUCGAAAGAAAAGAUUCGAGUUGUAGUGUUAUGAGUGAUGUCGGUUUGCUUUGCAUAAGUGGAAGAACAAGUAGAUUGUCAUCAAUUGGUUCGGCAACGUCUGCUUGUUCUGGAGCCUCCGGCGCAUCGCAUUUAUCAGUUGGUUCUCAUUUGUCUGGAAGAAGCACGCGGAGUCCCUCUCCUCACAAAAUGCUUUUGGAAACGUCUUUUUGUGGUAGUAAACCGGCCAGUCCGCAAAAUGUCGAACAGGAAACGUCAUCCCUGGUUUUAUCUCUCGCUGAAAGUUCCGGGUCUAGGCCACCAUCGGGGUUGCGUUCACGCAGUCCAUCGCCUCAUAAAAUGCUUUUAGAAACUUCUUUUUGUGGCACGAAACAAAUUGUUUCCGUAGACAAAAUUUCAGAAAAUAACAUGCUUUCACCGAAAUCGGCCAAAAGAAGCAAACAAAAACCGAGUUCCUCCGCCAUAGUCAUUGAAGCGGAAAUAACAAAAUCAAAACCUCAAAUUUCGGUACGGGAAACGGUGCCGAUAAAACAAAUACCGGACAAAACAAAACCGGAAGUGGAAAAAGUAAAACAGAAAAUAGAGAGAAUGGAAAAUGCGUAUGACGUCAUAACGGUUGCAAAUAAAUCAAAAUCCAAAUCGAGUCGAAGUAAAAGUGAAAAGCAAACUAGUGCGAAAAAAGUCAUUUCGCUCAGAGAUCUUCCCGUAGAUGAAAUAUACAUACCGUUAACGGGACCGGAAGUUGAUUUCGAGGAAAUAAUUAGAAAAACGUCACCGAACGUAAAAAAAAAAUCGUCGGAAAAAACAUUUUCAAAUGAUGAAAUCAUCAUACCACUCACGAGUCCUACUUUCGAUAAGAGCAUUUCAAAAUCACACGCGAAAAAAGGUUCAUCAUCAUCAUCAUCAUCAUCAUCUAAUAAAAAAUCACCGGAAACCGGGUUCAAAGAAGAAUCGCGUUCGAGAGAAGGAUAUAAAAAGAAAGAAAUGAAAUACGAAGUUUGCGAAGAUGGCUCAAUUUACAUUCCUCUUCGUUCUCCAGAUGAUGAUGAUGAUGAUAAAAAAAGAAAUAAAGUCUUUGAGAAUGACGUCAUAAAUGUUGAAGAUGAUAAACAAAUAAAAGGAAUCAAUUUAAAUUUAUCUUCCGUCGAACCGGAAGUGAAAAAAGAAGAGACGCGAUUAUCAAACACUUUACCUUCCGGUAGUUUGUCGGGAAAAAAUGAGGGUCGUAGUAGUAAAGAACGUCAAUGUCAUUCUCCGACGGGAGAUUACGUCAUCAUACCGCUUAAGGAUCCGUCAGAUACCAACGUGACGUCAGAUGUCGAAGAAGUGGAAGCGACGGUCGUUUUGGAAAAUGUAGAAAAAAGGGAAAAACGUCCAACGUCACCAAUCGUAAUUUUAGAAAGAUCGGAAUCGCCAAAAAUGAUAAAGUGUAAAAAGGAGGUGGGAGUGGGAGUGGGAGUGGAAGUGGGAGUAAAAGUGGGAGUGGUGGAAAAUGACCGUCGGGAAAUUUCAUUGACUCGUAAAAAUUCAAAAGGGGAAAAAUCGAACGAAGAAGAAAUGAAAAAUGAAAUCGAUCGAAAAUUAUCCAUCGAAUCUAUUUCGAAUUCUAAUUCUAAUAAUAAUAAUAAUAAUAAUAAAAGCUCAGGAAAUAUAAAUAAGGAAGAAUUUCAUGAAAAAGAGGAAAAGUCGGAAAAACGGGAUAAAAUCGAAUCGGAAAACGUUGGGAUAGAAGAUGAUGACGUUUCACGAACGGUGAAAUCUUUUGACUUGUCCGAAAGUGUGGGGGAACCUUUAGGGGAACCCCAGGAGGAGAAACAUGACGUAUUUAAAAUUCAAUUCGAAGAUAAAAUAAAAACGGAAAUGAAGGUUCCCGCGGGUGAAAUUUUAAAUAAAGAAAUAAUGAAAAGGCCGGAAGUAGAAGAAGUAAUGACGGUUACGUCGGAUGGUGUUAGAAAGCUUAAAUUACCACCGGAACCGGGAGAUUUGGAAGACGAUCACGAAAGAAAAGGUUUAGUUAAUCAGGAAUCAUUCGAAGAUGAAUUGCCUUACGUUCCAACCACUCUGCCUCAAGAAAGAUCUUUAGGCGUACCAAUCGUACCCGUUAAACAUCGCAUGGCGGAAAUUAAAACGUGUCCGAUCGAAAGGCCCAGAAGUACGACACCGAUAAAUCCGACAACUCUGGAAGAUUUUGUUAGUUCGAAAGAAUCGUCCGCGACGGCCGUGAGCGAAGAUGAAAAAAUGAAAAUAUCUCUGCCCAAAGAUGAUGCCGGAGGAUUGAAAAAUAAAAGUCCGAGAAAAAUCAGUGCCAAAGGUGGUAAAACGUGGUUCGAAUUUGCGGAAGCGGGGUUGCAACAUCCGAAAACGGAUGGUAGGAAAAAUUCAAUAAAAACAUCGUCGUCGUCGUCUUCUCCUCCUCCUCUUCCGCCACGAUCAUCGCCGCCAUUUGUUUUAUCAUCGAGCGCACCACCGGCCACGACGUCGUGGAUAAAUUUUGAAAAAUUACCGGAAAAGAAAAAACAACCUAAACGGAUAACAACCGUGCCAGCGUUGAGGAGUUCGAACGUGAAAGACGGAAAUAAUAAAAUGGAAUCAUCGACGGGAACAAAAAAUGGAAACGCUGUUUACAAUUACGUGUCUCCGGAAGACUGUCAAUGCGAAUGUCACGAUCAUAAUAAUACUUUUCCACAUUCAAAGGAAAAUGAAACGACAGAGAAAGGAUUAAAUAACAAAUUUUCACAAUUGGAAAAUUUUUACAAAUAUGAAAAUAUAGAUAAAAGGAUGGAUGAAGGCUCAGGAAGAAAGGGAGAAUGUAAAAAUUGUCAAAAUAAUGAUAAUAAUGAUGAAGAAAUACCACUUUUGAAUGAGGAUUCCGAUGUUGAAUAUGAUGACGACGAUUCGUCGUCAUCAUAUUCAACUAAAAAAAAUGAUUAUUAUUAUUAUUCCGAUGGAAUGGAUGAAUCCAAGAGCGAAGGUAUCGAUUAUCCUGAUAACGCGAAACAAUACGAAGAUAAUAAAUUAAUAAAUGAUAAUAAUUAUUGUACGCCAUAUUUAAAUGUGAAACCGUUUGGAAUGGAUUUAAGUAUUGAUAGUAAUCAUAGUAGUCUCACAUCUCAGGUUUGUGUCUCCCUUUUAUUUAUUUGA